AGGCGCAUGCGCCGUGCGGGGACCGCCGCCGCUCUGGUGUCGCUGCCGCAGCCGUUGCCGCCGUUGCCGCCUCCCUGCUGGCAAGUGUGGGAAGGAGGAGCUGAGGGCCACCGCCGCCGUUGCCGCCAUGGGGAGGAAGUCGAGCAAAGCAAAGGAGAAGAAACAGAAGCGGUUGGAGGAGCGAGCAGCCAUGGAUGCUGUCUGUGCCAAAGUGGACGCCGCCAACAGGCUUGGAGACCCAUUAGAGGCUUUCCCAGUGUUCAAGAAAUAUGAUCGCAAUGGGUUAAAUGUCUCCAUUGAAUGUAAGCGAGUGUCUGGCCUGGAGCCGGCCACCGUGGAUUGGGCCUUCGACCUGACCAAGACCAAUAUGCAGACCAUGUAUGAGCAGAGCGAGUGGGGCUGGAAGGACAGAGAGAAACGUGAGGAAAUGACGGAUGACCGAGCCUGGUACCUCAUCGCUUGGGAAAACAGUUCGGUUCCCGUAGCCUUUUCUCACUUCCGGUUUGACGUGGAGUGCGGGGAUGAAGUCCUGUACUGCUACGAAGUGCAGCUGGAGAGCAAGGUGCGGCGGAAAGGCCUGGGGAAGUUCCUCAUCCAGAUCCUGCAGCUCGUGGCCAACAGCACACAGAUGAAGAAAGUUAUGUUAACGGUAUUUAAGCACAAUCAUGGUGCCUACCAGUUCUUCAGAGAAGCGCUGCAAUUUGAAAUCGACGACUCUUCCCCAAGCAUGUCCGGUUGCUGUGGGGAGGACUGCUCCUAUGAGAUCCUGAGCCGGAGGACCAAGUUUGGGGACAGCCAGCACUCCCAUUCGGGCGGGCACUGUGGUGGCUGUUGCCACUGAACUCCCAAGCUCUCUCCAAGGCCUGUUCUCUCCCCGGUUUCAAGCCGCUUGCCAGGUGCCCUCAGAGCUGUGGCCUCCUCAGCCCCAACCCUGGGGAGGAGCGGUCCGCGCCGCCCCUCCUGCUCUCUCCUAGAAGAGCAGGGUGCCGGAGGGAGCAGAGAGGAGAGGAUGCUGCCGGCAGAGCCGGCGGAGGCCGGGGCACGAGGCGCGUCCUCUCGCGGUGGCUGCCUUCUCGCUCGGCUCGGCCCUGAGCGUGGGUUCUCCGACUUCCCUACAGCUGGAUUCCCGACAAGCCCCCCUCCCCGCCACACACACUGCUGGACAAAGGGAGUGUUUAUUCCCACCUUCAUGAAAGUCCCGGAGCCCUGGGUCAGGGUCUGGCUGGUUCCCAAAGAGGAAUGGGCUCAGUGUAAGAUCUGGGCGUAGAGAGAGUCUUCAGAGAGACUCCUGUUUCGUGGAUGGGAUGCUCCAGUGGAGACCUCAGGAUGGUCUCUUGUGCCAUGACACAGGGAAUCGAGGGAGCUCUUUCUGGCUGUGCCUUCGCGGAUCCAGUUAGAGUGGAGUCGUCCCAGGGGACCAGCCGACUCUGGGAGAAAGGCUGCCCCCCCUCCCCAUUGCUGUCAGCACGGGGCCGGGAGGACAGGAGCAGGUGUGAGUGGGACCUGCCGUGGGGGCUGUGGCUUCUCCGGGCUUUGGGACCUGGCGGCACCCUGAGCUUAACCUCUUGAUCUCAUGGCAGUGACUCGAGAUUUUUACUCACAGAAAAGAGCUGGAGCCCUGCCUGCUCUUCUCCGUCACCUCUCACCACUGUUUCUGCCCCUGCCUCUCCCCCCACUCGAUACCCCUGUUCUUACUCUCAAGGGGGAAUAACAUCAGGGAGCCCCUUGUCUUCCCCCAGAAGGCCCCUUGCUCUUGCCAUAUUUAGUGCCGUGUCCUCUCAUAUCUUGGUGCUGUUAGCUCUCUGAAGGUGGGUACCCCCCACCGCCACCGCCCCCUUUGGAGAGCCCCCAGCCAGCAGCAGCCCCUUCCUGCACUCCCCAGCCUGGCCAGACGCUGCUCUUCUCUCUGGUGUCACCUGCGGCAGACGGGGCGCGGGAGAAGCUUCCUCUCCCCUCCUGGGAUAGAGAGGGCGCAGGGUCAGAGCUCAGACUUGCCCUCAUCCCCAGACCGUUAUCCCCUUCCAGGGAAGAAAAUGACCAAAUCCUUAGCCAGGAAGAAGCACCUACCGCCUCCCCUUGGACAACCUUGAGCUCUGCCUUAGGGAGCGUCUCAAAGGUUCUGCCUUUGCGAGGUUGUUCCGGAGGAGGUCUGUCAGUCCUUCCGACCUCGGUCUGCUCACGCCCCACCCUGUGCCCUGACUCAGGCUGCUUGUGCCGGCCAUCUCCCCGGAGCUGUUCUGGCCUCCCGCCUGUGCCGGGCCUGUGCGCACAGCCUCUCCGCCGAGUGCUCUGUUGCUCUCGACCUGCCAGCAGUGGACGUGGCCUCCCUUGGAGAGGGCCUUGCAGCUUUACACUGGAAUAAGCCCACCUUUACCCCUACCCUGCUGACUCCCAGGAGGUUUUACCCGAGGGGGGGAGUUUUCAUUGCUGGAGGGCAUUGGAGGGCUCCUUCCAAGAAUCAUGGAACGACAGAGUCACAUUUAGGAAGAGCUUUAACUCUGAUCCCUGCUGUCUGUCAAAGGACAGAGAAUGAAAUAUUUAUUGUCUUAGAUCAUGGGUUUCUGAUACCUCCCACUCAAGGGGACCAAAAGGGACCCCGGCGUAAAUCCCACAUAAAGGGAGUUAAGUGUGCGUGUCUCCCCUCAUUGGACACCUGGCACCGAGCCCCAUUGGUAGAUGGGCACUUGGUGUUGGGCCCUGCUUGUCCAGCCGCCUGUGCCACUUCCCAAGGGCUGCUGGGGGCUCUGGCUGGGUGGGGAGGCGCUGUCUGAGACCCGCAGGUCACCCUGUUGUUGGUGUUGAACCCACUCAGUUCUUAGCCGUCAGUCUCUCCAUUUCCCCAAGGUCUUGGUUUUAAGAAACAUAGCAGGCCUUUUGUACCAGGCUUUUUGGUUUGUUUGAGGCAUGUUGAAAUAUUAAUUUUGAGAUUUGUUUUUUAGUUGUAUCCACCCUAUUUCAGGUUAUUUUCAUUGAUGUCAGAUGUGUAUAUGACAUGUGUAUGGUUCUUUUUAACCCUUCCUGGUGUGUGGUUUUUUUUUUUUUAGAGGAAACUUUGAAGAUAAACUCCUUGAUAUAUAUAUAUAUAUAUAUAUAUAUAUUUUUUUUUUUUUUUUUUCUUUAG